CUGUAUGUAUAUGUGGGUGACGCUGAUACCACAGUGCGUCAAUCACACCUCAGAGCCGAAAUGUGUUUCAGCUUCCCCUGUAAGACUUCCCAAGAAGCCCGUGUUUCCUCGGUGUUCUGCAUCAAGCAGCUUUACUAUACGACAUAACCAGCAUUAGAAUAGUCGCCCUAUCUUGAUGUGUAACCAACUCAUUGCUACACCCGUCAACUGUUCAAGUUUUCUACGUAACAUGGCUGUGACAAGUAUUGACGAAUAUUUGAAGCAGCAGCAUAUUUUGAACACAGAAAGCGAAUCUAGCGCUGUUAAUGUGUCGGGCGUUCGAGUCAAAUCCCAUCGUCAGCAGUAACAACACUACCCAGAUAUACAAAUUGGUCAACAUCUUCAGUGCUCUGCCCAUUAAUACAUUUCAAUCGACAGUCCGUUGAUGAUCUGUUUCGGGGCUUUUGUUGCACAUAGAACGCCUCUUUCGUUUCGGAAGUCUCCCUUGGUGAGUAAUGACAUGCACAUUUCAUACUAUGGAGGAGUUAGAACACUAGACGUUGGAUGUCACGUGUGAUGACGCGGACGGAAACGGUUUUGAUGUACCAUCCACACUUCGAAAUAUGUUUUUGAUUCAGCGGUAGAACAGUUUAACCCAGUGGAUGCAUUAAUUUGCAGCUAGGUGUCGCAAUGCAUUCAACAUAAACUUCGAUGACACGUGAUAGCAAUGCAGCGCAGUGAAAAAUAUUCAGUAACCAAUUGAACGGCUCGGACCCCGAAGAUUUGCUUAGUUAGUUGGCAGUUUCAACGCAUAUACAUAUGCACCUGUCGAGAAAUGUUCUCCUGAAUCGUUUUGGCAUGGUUUAACAGCCUGUUUCCUGUGUUACCAAUUAAAUUGUAUUUCCAGCGGAUGGUGGUUUGAACGUUCCACUAGACUGCUUCUUCCUCUCAUAUUUUAAUGGUUCCCGUGACGAUCAGAUGGUGUUUUUUUCCUUAAUAACGUAAUUCAAGAAUUCAAUGAGCCGAAGUAAUGAAUAUCGACUCCUUACUUUCUACAGCCCAGUUGCAAUGUCGUGACAGAUGGAACUCAUCUACCAGUUGCAACUCACCUGUCAGUUAGCUCUUUACCAUACUUAUUAUAGACGAAACAUGUGGAGUUUGUUGUCGAGCCCUUUGUAGUGAGUUGAUCUAUAAUAGAUAUUAUUUUCUUUGAUGGAGGUUUUAUUUCACAGUCAUGAGAGUUGCCCCGUUUUCCUAAGAAGCCUCUCUCGUGGGUAAGAUCAUUUUGACAGGCAGGGCAGGGUGUCUUAUAUCUUCCCUUCUUGAUGUCGGAUUGAUCUGUCCAUGACAAUUAUUCAGGAAAGAAAUAUGGCUGGUGCCUGGACACCGAAACACCGCCGAGAAAAAACACGGAUAAACCCAACCCCUGGGUAGAUAAAAAGAAGAAAAAAUGCAAGCUGCGAAAUAUUCAGGAAGUCCCAAUUAUCUUUGUAGUGGUGUAAAUUUCCAUUCGAUGGUGAUAACGCCCGGAGAGGUAUCAUACUCACAGCAUUUUCUGAAGCAUGUAGCUGUGCUAGUUUGUCCUAAACUCCAGACGUUUUCAGAGUGGGUUCUACAAUUGCUGAGUACGCGGUGGGUAGGAUAAUGUCUUUCAAACCUAUACGCUAAACACUACGCGACAAUAGCGUGAUUUGCAAGCGAAGGUGAAGUUGUGGUGGCUGAGUCUAUCAGGCAUCGGCCUCUCGAUUUCGCACUACAAGUUAGAAUCUUGUUGUGUUUUAUCAUUUGCACAGCAUUACGUAUCAUAAGAAUGAAACUAAAUUAAAAUUUAGUGGAAAAACUGUCUGGAGAUAAACAUGCACAUAUGUUUAUAUUGUGUGUAUAUACGAGUAUUACAAGGUGAGGUCAAAAUUUAUGCCUUCAAACGUAAAAUAGCCUUCAUCCUUCUCCGUCUACAGCUUCUCAUUAAAGAAGAACUCCCAGUAGUCACCUCGCGGAGGUGGAGAUAGGGUUUGGUAGUAGAGUUGUUGGUUGGUUUAGCAUGCGUUUCCCAAGUUUCAUGCUCCGUCGUUGGUACCAAUCCAGGUUUCCUCUAAUUUAGAUCCUUCCUCACCGAGUCUUGAACAUUAGAGAAGUUGUAGUAGAUUCAAGAAGAGACAAAUUGUAUAAAAUGUACAUAAUUGCAAAAGAAACUGAUUGUAAAAUCUUAGAAGAAUGAGAAGACUGUGAAUGCGAACAUGAGUGAUUCUUCUUAAUAUUAACUUGAGUUUUGCCAGAAACAUGGACACCGUUUGAUGAAGAACAGAUACGUACACUUAACUUUGAUUAAUUUUCCUAAGCCAACUUUAAUUAAUUUUGCUUCCAUCAAGCCUUUCAAAUUGUUGACGUAUAAAAAUGUCAUGAUGUGUUUCCAAAUCAAAUAACAAGUACCUGGUAAUGUUUCGAAACUAAUUCAAAAUUCCAAUAAUUUUUACAUCAAAGAAAAUCCCCAGUAUAACCAUGGGAAAAGUUAAACCAUGAAAUGGAUGUAAUUUAUGUCACGUUGAUAAUAAUGUUAAUAUCAAAUGAAAAUGUCGCGAAAUUAAUUCCAGGAAAAUUAGAACCAUUGAAUCCAGAGCGGCUAGCCAAAGAGGACGAAUUUAACUUUAUAGUUAGCAUCGAGUUGCAUGACACCAUACACUUUCCCAUGUGUAUUGGUACAAUAAUUGGAAGAAUCAGUGUUUUAACAGCAGCACAUUGCUUAGGAAUGCGCUGGAAAUCAGUGAGCGGAAACUUGUUAGUUGUUGCUGGCUCCAGGAUUUUAAUACCUUCUGUGUCGGUUGACAUAUUAAUUCGACGAGUUGUUAAGCAAACCUUACAUCCCAAAUAUCAAACACAACAACAUAAACACGACAUCGCUAUUCUGACUUUAGAAAAAGCAUUCGAUUUCAAGAAGUUCGCAAUUACUCAAGCCUCUCUUCAAGUUCAACCGAUUGAAGACGGUUCACUGUGCGAGUUUCUCGGAUGGGGAAUAGAUAUUUAUUUCGGGUUGAACGCAACGAAUAUUCCUCUAAAAGCGACAACGGUUCGGGCAUACAAUACAGAAUGGUGUAGAUUUAUUUUCCAAAAAAGUCAACUGGAUGAGUUUCAACUUUGUGCACAAAAACCAGUUAUGUAUCCGAAACCAUGUUCCUUUGAUAUGGGAAGCCCACUUGUUUGCAACAAAGCGGUUGUGGGUGUCGGAGCGAAACGGUAUAAUUGUGAUGACAUAAAAAAACCUCAUACCUUCAUGAUGAUAUCGAAAUACCACAGAUUUCUCCUAGUUUUGGAUGAGUUUGUUACUUUUAAUUGUACGAUUUCUUGUCAUUGUAAACUUGUGUUGCUGUUUCUUACAUCGUUUGUACUGUUGAGAUGAUAUGUGAAUGAAUAUAAUCUGAAUAAAUUAGAAUUUUAGGUAUUGGCAGUGAA